CUCGAAAAUGGGCCGAGGCCACAUCAAUAAAGUGGGUCCGUUAUAUUCCCUGAGAAUAUAUCUUCACCUAACAAAUCUCUCCUUGCUCGGUCGUUCAAUCGGAAAGAAGAAGAAGAACCUCAAAGCGUUUAGGAGAUGGGGAAAGACGCUAAAGCUGGUGGGAAGGGUAAGGGAAAGCAAGCUGGUGGCAGUGAUGAAGCCUCCUCCAAGGGUAAAGGCAAAGCUGGAAAAGCUGCUGAUGGUCUUGGAACAUGCACUUAUGUUAAAGCGAGGCAUGUUUUGUGUGAAAAGCAAGGAAAGAUCAAUGAGGCAUACAAGAAGUUGCAGGAUGGUUGGUUGAGCAAUGGAGACAAAGUUCCUCCUGCUGAGUUUGCUAAGAUUGCAGCAGAGUACUCGGAGUGCCCAUCAGGGAAAAAAGGAGGAGAUCUUGGAUGGUUCCCUAGAGGAAAGAUGGCAGGUCCAUUCCAAGAUGUCGCCUUCAACACACCUGUUGGUGUCACUAGUGCACCUUUCAAAUCUACGCAUGGAUACCACAUCAUCUUGUCGGAAGGAAGGAAAAACUGACAGAUUACAUCUCUGUUCUGCUCUACUCUAGUCUUGUGGAUGUCACUUGCUAGUUGUUACUGUAACUUAUAUAUAAAAAACACAGCCUUUGUUGUUCUGGCCAAAAUGUUUGCUACAAGUUGUUAACAAAUCUUCUCUGUUGUUUUGAAUAAUGAAUUUCUGACGACUGUGUAAUUCA